AAAGGAAAUAAAUGAACGUCGCAAACAAUAUAUACCCUCAGUACAAAGCUGCCAAAAGACAGGGGAAAGGGCCACACUCAUUGCUGACAAAUUAUUCGUAGAGGGACUAUUGGUUCCACUGCAGACCACACACUUAGGAGACCGACCAUAUACCGAUCCUCAGCAUCUGAUAGCAGCGCCGCGCCGCCACAGUCUGGAUAACCAAGGAAAGCUGUGCAAUCAGGGGACUGACUUGAAAUGUGUAAACAAUGCGAAAAACUCUAAGAGAGUUUAAACAACAACUAAAAAUUAUUAGCCUGAACGUUUGCGGACUCGCAUCGAAAUUACAAACCCGGAGUUUAUUGAAUUUGUUCAAGAUUGAUAUUAAGACUCAAUGGAAUGUUAAUGGAGGAAAAUGUGGAAUAUGCGGUGAUGCCUACAAUGGAGCGAGGCCCCACGAAGCAGGCGGAAAGUAUGCAACAGGAUUCAUAACAGAGACCUAUCGUCAAGGACAGGAGAUCGACGCGACGGUUAAACUUACUGCAGCACAUGGUGGAAAAUUCUUCUUCAAAAUCUGCAAACAAACUAAUGACGACAUUGAGGUGACCCAAGAAUGCUUAGACAAAUCACAGUUGAAGGUAGUUCAGAAUGGCGAGCUCAAGGACUACUACACAGUAACAGAAGUUGGAUUCCCGACGAUUGACAUGAAGUUGAAGCUGCCGGACGAUUUGACAUGUGAACACUGUGUCUUCCAAUGGUGGUACACUACUGGAAACAGUUGGCGCUCCACCACACCAGAAACGUUUGUGAACUGCGCUGACGUCAAAAUUAAGCCUAGGGAUGGAGCCCCGGAACCGGUGACAAAAGUUCCGACUGCUAAACCAAUCACCAACCGACCUCAAACAGUGCGACCAAUCACCAACCGUCCUCAAACCAUGCGACCAAUCACCAGGCGCCCUUCAACGGCAAAUCCCUGGAUGACACCCUCUCCAUCCACAAAACGAACAACCACAACACCAAGAUCUAUCACCAGAGCUCCGCCAAAUCCGGGAGGAAUCGUCACAUCCUGCUCUGUUGGACGUUUGUCUUGUCGGUCUGCUGGUGUGUUUGCUAAUAACAGAGGUUAUGACAUUUGGUGUUACCAGUACUGCAAAGCUAACUCGCCAAACUGUAAUCCUCGAUACUGUAGUUGUACUUGCAAAUCUCAAUGCACUAUCAAAGCUACGUUUCAGAUCAUGGGAACCCAUUUUUGCAAUUAUCUCAGUCAAUCUGCCCCUCACUAUAUCAACCAUUUCUGCAACUGUAUCUAACAAAAUGUAUCUCUCAAUUCAAUCAUGUAAUGCUCAAUAACUGAAAGUUGCUAUAAUAUAUAAGAUUAAAAAUUCAUUUUGUACAUCUUUUACAUGCACUACAACUUACGUGUUCUAUAAAGUUGUGUAUAACGUCUUGGAAGUAAGCUUUAUUCAAUUCACUUGUAAUCGGCAAAUAACAAGAAUAUCCUUUUUUUAAUAUAAAGUCUGAAUAUGAUG